UCGAAGAGCUCGAUCCGGUCCGCUGCGUUGUUUGGUGAAUUAUCUAACGAUUUGUUGUCGAACAUCUCUUUAAAAAUGUUGACACCAUAAUUUCGAUGAACGCUCGUGUAGACUGCGCGAUGGAGUGGUCGAAAGAUAAGACUUUGAAGUUGAUCGAACUGUUGCAACUGAACGCUAGUCUGUGGAACCCGUCUUUGUGUGAUACUCGGAGGGACAAACAGAAGCGGAAAGAGGAGUUGCGUACUAUAUCCGAGAUCUUGGGUAUAUCUGUGCCGGACACGACCAAAAAGAUCCAGCAUUUGAGGACGCAAUAUAACAGGGAGUCUGCUAGGGAAGCGCGAGCAAAUGCAGAGGAUCCCCACGACCGAUACAUUAGUAAUUGGUACGCGUUUGAAUAUCUACACUUUAUGAAGGAUUCUAGCAAACCGUACAGAAUUUUACAGACGGACCUGAGUUCUGAAACAAAUGUACUGCCACCACACUCGGAAAGCUCCAUUGUUGACUGCAAACUAGGCAGCAUCUCUCCACCACACAAAAUUACAAGAACAGACUCUUUCAGCUCUCCAAAAUCUGAUGUUGUAUUUCCUAGCAUACAAAGAAAUAGAGAUGAAUUCUCUGUCUUUGGGGAGUAUGUUGCCAAUGAAUUGCGAUCUCUGAAAGGAGAAAAGAAUCUUUUGGUGGCAAAGAAAAAGAUACAGGAUGUGAUAUUUGAAGUUAAAAUGGGCAUGAUUUGUGAUACAAGAGUAGAACAAAACACUGCUUGCACUGUAUACACACAUACAAGCCAACCUCAUAAUACUACAGCGAUACAUAGUGGAAAAUUAUUCACAAGCCCUACAAUGACAUCAACCACGCACAUAGAAUCUCUGCCUACGGCCCAUACGCCUCCGACUUCAAGUAUCAGCGAAAUCAUCAUCAAUGGGGCGUGCCAUUACACAAACUUUAAAGUUGAUACUCAAUAGCAGUGUCAUCCACUUCCUAGCAGGGAAGUGGAUAAAGGAGAGCAUAAUAUUUUACGGAACUAAGAAUUAAAUCAUCACAGUAUUUACAUUGACAUGCUAAUAAAGUACAUUGUGUUAGAAUAGAAAGUUUCUAUAAUUUAAGAUGCUAAUGAUAAUAUUAUGUUUGUAAGUAAUUCAACACUCCUGCUCAUUUUUAUGUGCCAUUAAUUUGUGGCAAUUUUUUUUUAAUUAUGAAGGUAUUUACGAUGAAAUUAGAUAAUUUUGUUUGUAAAAUAUUUUUUGUAUAAAUAUCUAGUCAUACACCCUUGGCUCAUGUGUGCCAGUAGUAUUACAUUUUUGUGUUCAAGUCUGCAACAAGUUUUACUAUUAUUAAAUAAAUAUAAAAAA